AUGGACCACGAUGGUCAGAGGAAAGCAUUCGGAGGAAUCAUGGAAGAGACACAAAAUCCUGUUAAAAGGCGGAGCCACAGUUGCCCCUACUGUUCUUACACGACCGAUGUGUCCACAAAUUUACACAAGCACAUCACUACCCACACUGGGGAAAAAGCAUAUUCCUGUCCAUACUGUCCAUACCGGUCAAAUUCCAAGGAUCAUGUAAAAAGACAUACUUUAACCCACACGGGAGAGAAACCUUUUGCUUUGCUAGAGUUUUUGACUGGUCUCAGUUAUAUCUUUGUCAGAAAAAGAUGUACUCCUGAUGAAGAUAGUCAGAUGCAUCUCUUGCACUGUGAAGAAAAAAAAAAAUUAGAUGCCUGGAUGUGUUCCACCAAAGAUCCUUUCCCUGAGUUCCCAAUAAGUACAAAACAUAGUGAAAUGUGUUUUAUCGUCAUUUGGCUUGAUUUAGCUGUUGGGGAAACAUCAGACAAAUACUGUCCACUGAUGAGAUUGGAGAGUGACCGAAAGAGGGCUGGAAGACGAACAGGAGUAGCAGAGCAGAGCCUUGCCACCACCACUGCUUCUCCAUCCAAGAUACACCAGUGUUCCUACUGUGCUUACACAACCAAUGUUGCCACUAACUUAAAAAAUCACAUAAGGACUCACACUGGGGAGACACCCUUCAAAUGUAUGCAUUGCUCAUACUCUUCAACUACAAAACAAAGCUUGAUAUACCAUGUUCGCACUCAUACCGGUGAAAAACCUUAUGCUUGUCCACAUUGUUCAUAUCGCUGUACUCAACUAGGCAGCAUGAAAAGUCAUAUGUUCAAACAUCAUGAGUGGGGCCCAGUUUCUCAAUAA